UAUAGUAUUUAAAUAUUUAUUGUUACCUUAUAGUAUUUAAAUAAUAUUAAUAUAAAUUUAAUUUUUAGUUAUUAAAAAUAUUUUAUUGGUAAAAUUUUCAUGCUGUCACCAAAUUUUUGUCUUGCAUGUUUAGUUUAUAGAAAUUAAAUAAAUUAUAUUCUAAUAUAAUUGAAAUCACGAAAUAAAAUUUUGAGUUUUGACAUACUACUUACGCUGGUAUUUAUAGUGGAAUCUUAUGUUUAAGAUUGUUUUACACUGUCUUAAGAUAUGUUAAAUUAAUAUACUAUAUAAAUAUAAUGUAAGUGUAUAGUAUAUUUUUCUACCUCUUUUUCGUUGUAUUUACUUUUAACAAAAUAUCAGAGAACUGUAAUAUGUUGCUAUUAUUUAUUGCAAUACAAAAAUCUAAUAAUAAUAAAAUUAAUAUUAUUUAAAACUUUUUGAAUACUGUUAUUUUUCCUCACGCUGAUAGUAUUCUGAUUAUUAUUCUGAGUAUUAUUAUGACUUAUAGUACUUAUACUUUGAAAUAUUUGUUGAGUAUUAUUGCUUUCAGUACUGUCACUACUGCAUUCAUUGAUACUCACAGUCCUGACCAUAUUGUAAUACUCAUGAGCAGUGUUGUAAUAGAUCAUUAAAUAAAUAAUCUAGAUCAGAUCAAGAUCUUUAUCAAAAUAUUAAAUCUAGAUCAGAUCACAGAUCAUUUUUCAUACAAUUGAUCUAGACCGAAGAUAGAUUACAUUAAUUUUGAUUUAGAUCGAAGAUCGUUUCUUUUUUUACUUGACAAUUUGGUAAAAGUAGGAAUCGAAAUUUUUUAAGCUUUUCUUUAAUUGGCUUUUAGGAAUGUCCCAGAAAUCUCCAAAGGAAAAAAUCUUCGAUAAUUUCAUCUUAUUACCCCCACCCCACGCCUUUAAAAGGAGGUUCUUGCUGUCGGAGAUUUUUUCUUUCGAAGAUUUAGCGGUACGCAUGCGCAGUAGAAAAUCGCACAAUUCAUGCAUUCCAAAACAAAAAUUUGAAUUAAACAAUUAUUUGUGACAUUAACUUUAAUAAUAUAAUUAUUUAUAAGUAUACAUAUGUAAUUAUACAUAAGUAAAUUAAAAUCUGUAAGUUGAUUGGCUACACAUUUCCCUGACCGCGAACUUGGACCAAGUUCUAGCAUCGCGGAUACAAGGCUUUAAUCUCAGAAACUAUUGACCUAGAGUAGAGGCUACAGUAUAGAUAGAGACCCUCUAAAGUCAUUCGAGUCAAGUAAUAAAAAGAUCUAAUUUUUUAUAGAUCAAGAUCAUAAUUUAAAAAAUCUAGAUCAGAUCAAAGAUUAUCGCAAAAAAAAAGAUCUUUACCAGAUCAAUAGAUCAUAGAAAUUGAUCUAGAUUAAUGAUCUAUGUUUACAACACUGCUCAUGAACAUUAACAUUCUAUUACUUCCUGUAUUGAUCAUUGCAGAUUUGAGUACUAGUUCCCAGUACUACCUUUCUUGGGUUACUUGGCGCACACAUAUACAUAGACAUAUGUCUGUGACAUGCCUACAUUUGCUGUGUAUAUCGCCGGUAAUACGGAUUAUGUAGCACUAAUUAAGCGAAUACUUCUAUCUUUUAUGUCACAUAUACGCAACCCUUAUGACAUAUUAUGCCAUACAUGUGUGUAUUAAGGUUGUACUCGGUAAUUCAUUUGCCAUGGCAACAAAGAGUUGGCAACAGCUAUUAAGAUUCACCCUGUAUUAAAUUGGUGCAAAAGUUCUUGCCGAUAUAAAUAAAUGUUUGUAUACAUGUGUUAGUAUGGUUUUAUAAACAGAAAUGUUUAUAAUUUUUAUAAGUUGGCAUCUCUGCUUUUAUGCAUGGCACUCCAGAUAGAUGCCAGUAUUACUUCAUAUUUAAUACAAUUAAAAACGGAGUCAAGCAAACAACAUAUUUGUUUUUUGUUUUGUUUUUAUAAAAAAAAGUGUUGCUGAUGUACACAGAAUGAUCUGUGAGAUAAUUCUGUAUGGUGAAAAUGUUAUAUAUCAUUAAAACGUGUACAUUGUAGCAACAUUGCAGCAAUUUUGUAAUAUUACUAUAAUAUCGCUACAAUGUUAUAACAUUGCCGCAAUGUUGCUGCUGUAUGUUUUGUGUUUGCUGGAAGAAGUAUGAGUUUUAUGUGUGCGGUACAAGCAAUAUAAGUAUCAGUAAUGAUACUUUUUCUUCAAAGUGUCCUAAUCUAUGUAUAAGAUGGUGGGCGACACUAUGUAAAUUAGUGUACAAUUCAGUGCUUUCCAAUUUUGACACAAAAUGUGUUAUACUGUGUCAACUGUGUCGCUUACUAGGAAGCUAAGAUUGCUUUAUCUCAACUUUUUACGUGACGUCAAUGACUCUCGAAAGAGAAAUUUAUUUCACUACUUAAUUGCUUUAAAAAUAUGUGUAUAUUUACGAACUAAAUAGACUAAAAUUGAACCUAUUUCAAUCAUUAAAGAAAUUUAAAAAAGAUAAGUGUAGGUGAAGUGUUUGUUUUUACUGCAAUUUGAAAUUAAUUUGUUAGCAAUUUAUUAAUUACACAAAAUAUAUUAAUAAAUUAAUAUCUGCGCAGUAAUAUUACAAUAACAGAACUUUAAGAUUAUUAAGAGUUAGAGAAUAAUUCUAUUAAUUUGUCAGUAUAUUUUGUGCAAAUAAAUUGCUAACAAAUUAACUUUAAUUUGCAUUAAAAACAAACACUUUAUCUAUCUAUUUUAAAAAAUAUUUUAAAUAAUCAAAUGGGUCCAAAUUUUGGUCCGUUUAGUACUUAAAAUGAACAUUUUUUCAAAUGUCCAGAAAAGUAACACGAAACGUCUUUAAAAUGUUCUAAAGAUGUUUAAAGAUCUGAUUUAGAUGUUUUAAAUAUGUACCGAACAUCCACUACAUAUAUUGUUAAUAUGUUUUAAAACAUCUGUGUGUUAUCUGCAUAAUUCGAAUCGGAUAUGUUUAUAGAUAGAAUUUUAUUGAUGAUAAAAUAAAUAAUUGGAUAUACUAUUUAAUCGAUAAUAUUCGAUAAAUCCAUUGGAAAUUUUUCUUAGUGUGUAGAAUAUUUAUUUUUUCAUGAAUUAUAAACGAUCAAAGUCAAAGUAAUCACUUUUUAUCUAAACUCGAUAACUCGGUCAAAGAAAUUGUACAACGCUCUACAAACGCUUAAUCUCUACAGGACCGGCAUUUUUUGGAUGAUUUUUUUAGUUUUAGUACUAGAAUAUUUUUCUCAUCUGUAAGUUGAAGUACAAAAAAGAUGACGCCGUUCUAGUGCCUAAUAUUAAGCUUUCGGCCCCACGCGGAGAAAUUAAAUUAAAGGUUCCUGCUACAGAAUGCAAGUAAUAUAAAAUCUUCUCGAUUUUUUCUAUGGCAGGUGUAAUACAGUAAAGUUGCAUUAAAUAUUUCUAUUUUGAUUAAGCUUUAUCACUAUGUUGUUUCAUAAAACAAGAUAAUUAAAAUCGACAAAAAACAAAGAAGUUUCAUGCUUAAAAAUGUUUUUUGAAAAAUUAUAAUGCUUGUAAUGAUUCUUUGCGAUGUUAUGCUUAUUUAAAAUUAUUAACCAAAAUGUUGACAUACAUUUAUCUAUGCGAUAAUUCUGUUAUAUAUAAAAUUACAAUAAAACGUUCCGAGUUUUAACUGUUAUUUGAACAAAAAUUCUCUUGAUUGUUGAAAAAUAUUGUUACGUUAACGUAUUUUGCGAUCUGUCUAUUUUGCUUAUAAGUCAAACACACUUCUGCUUUUCUGUCGUUUCGAUAGAAUGAGUAAAAGAACUAGAGAAAAAAAGAAAAACAGACGCUCUAGUAACAAAAGGAUGAGCAUUUUAAUGUCGAAGAGAUAGAAGCGCAUUUGACUUGCGACUCUUGCGAACUAUUUGGACAAGUCUAGUUUAAGAAAUAUUAUUAAUACAAAAACGAUAAAAUGGUAUGCCGAUGUACAUUGAUAAUCUUUUCUAAUAUAUUUUUAUAAUAUGAUAUAAGUAAAAAAUUAUAUUUUAAUCAAAUCUAUAUGUAAUCAUCGGAUUUCAGUUCAUGCGCUAAAAUAAAUUCCUAAAAUGUUGUGAAAAGAAAAGUUUAUUAUCGUUAAAUACCAAAGCAAUUGAUUUAAUUAGCAUAAAGUGAAAAGAAAAAUAGAAAGCGUUAAAAAGUUAAAGGUCUGCUCAUUCCUGGUAGAAGAAAAGAUAACAAGAAUAACGGUGAUGAGGCAGGGUCUUCUUCUUCUUCAGAUCUAAGGGGGGGAGGGGAGUUGAUCUACACAGGAUGCGCAAUUGUGUCGUCACUUAUUCCGGGAUCAUUUCCAGACCCUCAUACAACUGCGUUGUUCGGCGGCUGCACUUCUCGUCCAGGGAGAGGGGGGGGGGGAGAUUCCAUCCUAGUAGCUAGAAAGCGAGAGUGUCGAACGAGGACUCUAUCCAAUAGUCACAGGUGAAAGCGAGAGAGUCGAACGAGGACUCUCUCUUCUUCUUGCCAGAGAGUGAGAAAGAAAACGUAUGCGUGCUAGCAUACGCUCCCCUUGUCCCGAGAGAGAUAGCCAUAGCACGUGUGUGGCCACACACGUGUACCUGAUGCCGCAAGUCCCCAGUCGGACUGUCUUAGCGAUAAAAUGCCGUGGAUCGUCUCCAAGUAGACGCCACUAACCCGUCACUAUCGAGUAAGUCACGUAAACCACACUUAUAAUAAACAGGCACAGCGCGAUGCAUGAAUGAAGCUAAUCAUACACCAAGCGAGACUCCGAAAAACAAAACAAAACAAACUAUGUUACUCCAUGCUACUCGUCGUCAAUUGCGUCAUCGAGCGUCUGUCGCGAAAAGUCGACGCGCCGCCGUGCGUAAUUUUUUUUUAAAUCUUGAGUCGAUAACAUAGGAUUUCCUAUACACUAUAUAAAAUAAAUUGAAAUUUAAGAAAGGUAAUUAUUUAUAUUAGCGAUUCUUCACCGAUUUUAAUGAUCUUUAAAUAUGUUGUCAGAGUUAUUAUUUUGAACAACUUUUCACUGUGCAUGUUACCGCUGCUCGGCCUUAGUUCCCUUUGACGUUUACAGCCUUUGUAAGCAUCAUUCAUCUUUGUUUAAUCAUGAUGAACGACAAGGAUGCUCACAACACUGUAAGCGCCAAACGGAACGCAGCCAAUGAUUCUUAGGCAUUUCUCGCAAGGUAAGUAGGUCAUAGAAAGUAAUCAUCGGUAUGCGCUAACGGUCGGCUAACUGGACAUAUUUAUCAAUUUAAUUAUCGAUUAUUGCAAAAUAGUCGAUAGAUAGAUAAAAUUGUUGCUAGAUAGAUAGAUAGUUUACAAUCCCCUUACCCCGUGAGGGGUACCAAGAAACGAAUUAUUGUUGGGCAGUGUAUGUAUGUAUGUAUGUACGAGUGAGUCCCAGAUACGUACCGAUCGAAACGGACACCACAAAUCAAAUUCUAUAAAUUUAUCCUAACUCUAACUAAUUCAGCAAUCUGAUUGGUGAUAUCCGUUUUGAUCUGUGCGUAUUUGGGAUGCUCCCGUAUGUACAUACAUACAUACAUAUAACCAUAAAACAAAAGAAAAUGUUAUUUGAUAUGUCAUUUUUGCUUAGGUUAAAUUAGUAGUACAGCGGUUUCAAUGUGCAUUGGUACACUAGUACAGUUUAAUCAAAUUCGCUAUUAUUAAAUAAAUAGUCAUUUAUUAGUGGAGUUAAUUCAGCGACAGCUGUCGCUGCAGUCGGUGUAGUCGUUUCACGUGACCUGUUUGAGUUGAAUCACGUGACUUUUGUAUGUCAAAUACAGUUUCACCAAGACAAAGACACUGGCUCUGUUUAUGAUUUAGUUUAGUGGCAGCCACGGAAAAGAAAGAUGCCGAUCUUCAGUGCAUGGUGCACCAGCAAAACGCGUUUGGAUGGCAAAAUUGCUGUGAUAACAGGUGCGAAUACUGGAAUAGGCAAGGAAACUGCAAGAGAUUUUUACAGAAGAGGCGCAAGAGUAAUUUUGGCUUGUCGGAAUGUAGAAAAAGCAAAGGCCGCAAUUGAGGAUAUAAAAUGUAAUCCGUUUCCAAGUUAUUUUAGUAACAGCAGAAAAAUGCAAACAGCAGACAAAAAUGGAUUAGGUGACCUCGAGGUUUAUUCACUGGAUCUCUGUAACUUUAAAAGUGUAAAGGAAUGUGCUAAAAAAUUGAUGAAAGAACCAGCCAUUCAUAUAUUAGUAAAUAAUGCCGGUAUAAUGUUUACUCCAUAUCAAAUAACUGAGGAUGGAUUCGAGAUACAGCUACAGUCAAAUUAUCUUGGACAUUUCCUCUUGACAUUGUUAUUAUUGCCAAAAAUGCAAUCAUCCACUCCUGGCUGUAGAAUAAUCAAUGUAUCAUCGCGUGCUCAUAUAUUUGGCAAAAUACACUUUAGUGACAUAAAUCUGAAAAAAUCGUGGUGGUAUAUUCGUCCUUGGAAGGCAUAUUUUCAAAGUAAACUUGCGAAUAUACUGUUUACGAAAGAACUUGCACGUCGAUUAAAAGAGGCAAAAAUUAACGGAAUAAAUGUAUAUUCUUUACAUCCUGGAGUUAUAAAGACUGAAUUGUCUCGAGAAUUUGAUAGCACGGUAAUGCCAGGUGCAACGUUUAUCAUUAAUUAUAUUAUAUGGCCAUUCAUUAAAAAUGCGGAACAAGGAGCACAAACAACGAUAUACUGUGCAAUUGAUGAGAAGACGGCUAAUGAAACUGGUCUCCAUUAUUCAGAAUGCUGUGUUACCAGCUCGAAAGAUGUUAAUGAUCAAGAAGCUGAAGACCUGUGGAAUUAUACUUGCUUUCUUCUGCGUUUAGAAAUUAAUAAAAACUUUUCUACGUUUUUGGAAACUGUAUCACGCCAAUUUGAUAAGUAAUAUUUCUUUGAAUAGAUUUUCUUGAUGCAACAAAUACGAUUUCUUAUUUAGCAAAUUUUCGUCUAGAAUGUAAUAUAUUGAAAUGUAUACCUAAAAAAACGUUUUAUUGAUGUAGAUUUCUUAGUGUUACGAUCAAAAUGUGUUGUUAAUUUUUGUAUUUUCUAGAAUUUUAGUUGUCACGUACGCUGAAAAAGAAUUUUAUUAAAUUAAUUGGAAAUCGGAUAAGUUGCAUUUUAUUAUUAUAACUAUAAAAAUAGAAUUUCUCAACUUUCAUACACUAAAUCAGAUUCUGGUUGAACUUAUCAGAUUUCCAAUUAAUUCAAAAAGACCAUUUUCUUUAGUGAAUAAAAUUUAAAAGUUCUGCUUCUAUUAGGUUAAAGGGUCAUUUCAGUUUGACGGCUUUAAGAAAAGGAUUUUUAGGAGUUUUUUUCUUAAACACUAUUAAAGAUAUUUAAAUAAAUUUUUUUGUUUCUUUUUUUAAAUUAAUCCUUUGACUUUAUAAUAAAAUUUUUUUCUAAUAAAAAAUUAUUUUUAUGCAUUUAUAUACAGAGUGAAAUUAGAACAGUGUAAACAUCAUAGAAAGAUAGACGAAAUCAAGUUGAACAUAAAAGUUCGUUGCUCGUGCUUCGUCAGGAGAUUUUGGGUGUUAUCUCUAAGCAACCGGGUGCAUUGCCCGGUGCGAUGUCCGGUAUGUAGGCCGGGCGAUGUCCGCGCGCAAGGUGUUAUUUGACACCUUAUA